GACGUACAAGUCAGCGGGUAUGAUUACCCAGACCAAGAUGCCAUCACUGUCACUGUGGCAGGAUCGCAAAUCAAACUGAAUUCCGAUCAGGUAAAUGCAGUCAACAUGUAUAAUAAAGAGUUCCCUAUACAAAUUGUGGAUAGUGCUUACGGCGCCGGUAAGUCUGUUUGCGCAUCAAAAAUGGCAGAAGAAUCUGCCAAGCUAGACCAUAUUAUCCUUGUUACCGCAGUUCAAAACAGUGCAUUAGACGUCAUCGGGGCGAAAAUAGAUGAAAUGCAGUCCCAGCACAUCAGAGCUGUCCGGUAUAUCAGUGAAACCGUUGCCCAAAACAUCAAGCAUCAGUCCCCUUUUGCACUUCAAACCCUCAUGGAAAAAUUCCACCUUACCCAUGGGCACUUAAUGCCACAACCGUUAUACAAGGCAUUCAAGCAAUUUUCCGAUGAUCGCCGUCGUCUACGCAACUUCAUGUUUUCAGGCACAGCUGCUAACAUCGUCAACACGGAACACAAGAAACUUUUGUUCUUAGAAGAGCGUACUUCGUGGAAAUUGAAGGUUCUCACGCGUAAAUUUAUCAAAUUAUAUAGGCCAAACGUAUAUCUCUGCACUGUUUCUACGGCACUCAACCUUACGCGUAAGCAAGGUUUGUGGCGUAGGAUCGGCAAUUCAUGGCACAGAUUCAUUUUGGAUGAAGCCUCGAUGGUACCGGAAGCUACCUUGAUGGCCCUGAUUUCACGUUUUCCAAAUGCGCUGGUUACGCUGAUUGGGGAUAGCAAGCAGCUUCCCCCCUACGUGGGUAUCCAAAACGUUCCGUUAGCUGUCGCUGUAAGCUCUCGAUCAGUUUUAGAUCUGGUCGCUAAUCCAGCAUGGACACCAAUAUCUCACCUCCGAACGGUCUACCGUCCGCACUUCGAAAUGAUGCAACUCAACUCCGAUCAGCAGGACGACUUCGAAUGCUAUAAGGUCGUUGAUGAAGAUGACUAUGAUCUUUUAAUUUCAAGAUAUUUGUCACAAGGUGACUGCGAAACUGCUACCUAUUGGAUUGAUAGAUCGUAUGCAAAAAAAUGCGAAACCUCCUCGAGUGUGAUUGACUUUGCGAACUACGUUAAGGAUCUGACGAUUGUUCAUCAGUAUAAACGUGUAUCACAGUUGAUACUCAAUCGCCACCUCGUAAAAAAGCAUAUUGUAUUUGCCUAUUACUAUGUAAAUGCUCUUUUUCAUCUUCGAAUGUACUCGGUUAUAGUUCAGCUCCCCAUCGGGAAUUUGAUGUUGACGGAGGGGCUCCCGGUGAGAUAUCCUGAUUAUCAUUGUGGAUUGGAAGACUACUUGGAUUCUUUCAGUGCAGAAUUGUCCGAGAAUGAUCUUGCAGCGUUAAAUAAAAUGAUGACAUCUCUCAAGUUGUUUUCCGCCCUUAUGGUUGUCUACGGUCGAACCUAUAUCCUUCUGGAGAAUCGAGAUUUUGCAUCUCGUUGCUUGGUAGCAGCUUUUUUACAGGACCGUCGCUCUUUGGCAGCUGAGCAGUUACUGAGAAACUACAAACUAGUUCCUUCUUCAAGCAAAGAUCCUUGCUAUCGCUUGGUCGCUGAGUUAGUGGAAACCUGUAAGGAGAAAAAGGAGAUGAAGAAGAUGAAACAAACGGAAAUCCCGGGCGAUCCACGACAGAAGACCGAGCUGGCCCGCGAGCUGUACCGGGAUGGCAAAGUUGCGGAGACUUUGGAAACAACAACUAUGAUAAUGGAAGAACAUGGACUUUACAUGGACUGCAUAAUAUUGCAUGCGAACUGCCUCUGCUACUUUCAAGAUUGGAAAAAACUCUUCCUUCUUGCUCAUGAAAUGGUAUUCUCUUUUCCCGAUCACCAUUACAGUUGGUAUGUGGUUGCUGCGUAUUACUUCACAUGCAACAACAUACCUGCGGCCAAAAACUUCAUAAACAAGUCGGCGCUGAUGAGGACAGCCUUUGGUGAGGCUUGGAUUGCGUACGGCCACAUUCUAGCGGCUGAAUCUGAGAAUGAACAGGCUCUGAAUUGCUACUACCGGGCCGCACGAAUCUUACCUUGGCACUACGAGCCAAAGAUGUACAUUGGAAUGCAGUACUGCAGGGUAGGGGUGAGGAUGGCAGAGGAAUUCCUUCGUGAGGCAUCAUGCAUAAGGUCGUGUGAUCCUGUCAUAAUGCAUGAGCGUGGAUCUUACUACUACCGGUAUAGCAAGUUCCACACAGCCGAACAGUUUUUUAAUAACGCUCUGCUGGCUGUUAUUGGCACCGACUCAGAGGAUGUCGAAUUCGUGGAUUCAAGCUCUUUACUUAAUGAGCAGAUUGAUCCGUUCUGGCAACCGUUGGUAGCUAGUCUGGGUCAUGUAUCGCGAAGGUUAGGAAAAUUCAGAGAAUCUAUCAAUUUUCAUAGCAAGGCCUUGUUAAUGAAUCCUAUGGAUUACCAUUCCAUGGCUUCGAUGGCAAUGUCUUAUGCUUGCCUUGGUGAGACAAAUAUUGCCACUCGUUACUUUGCCAAGGCUCUUGCUCGAGCACCUUAUGAUGGGAUGGUUCGGAAUGCGCUUGAUAAACUUGCUCAACUGGAAAAUGAUUAUUGGGAUUAUACCGUUUUCAAAACAUCUGCUGCAGAGCCGAGUAAUGAUUUAGAGAAGAUAUUCUCAGAGCGAUCUGUUUCUGUUAACGAAGCUAAACGAGGUGCGGUGGAUUCGACAAGGCCUAAGAAAACGCUGGCUGAUCUUGCAAAAUCUAGAAUUGCUACAAGAAGGAUGCGAUUGGCUCCAUAUUGCACCAGGGCCAAAGCAAUGAGCCAGAGAGAUGGAGAGGACGACGAGGCUGGCCUGGCCGACCACCUAGUCGUAUUUGAUCCCCAGGCAUACUCGGUACCAGCGCCACUGCACCGCACAAUGCACUCUUCCGCGUAG